CUGCUCAGCGCGGGAUAGAUAACUCACGUCUUCUGCCCUGGGGGAUAGAAAUGAAAGAAAACAUGGCGUCCAAAGUAACCUAGAAGCCCCACCUCCAGGCGGUGAGUGGUCAGUUUAAGACGCUGUGUAUAGACUCUAAGUGCAGCUUCGCUCUGCAGCGAAGGUAUACUGUCCUGUUGGAGAUGCCGUAGCGUCCCCAGUAACCGACAGGGGCCUUGACAGCUAAGCAGGGUCGGCGCCUAGUUCCCAUCCUUGGAGGAGGAGGGCCAUGGACGCGGCGCAUAGAGCUGCUUUGCUCACGGCCUCCUGUCUCCAUACGCCGGUCAACCCGCGCACCAGAGCACCGGUCGCGCUGUACGAACGGGAACCAGGCAGGCUCAUGGCCAGGGGAGGCGGCGGCGAGCGACAGGAUAGCUUGAACUCUGAGAGAGAGGAGAAUUCUGCUGUGCGUGAUGAUUGCGAAGACUGGAUAGACCUCUCCAAAAUGUACCUUUCAAAUCAAGAAUAUUAUCUGAAGCUGGAAGAGCUGAAGAAUGCACAUCUGGAAACAAUGGCAAAAUUGGAAAACAUGUAUCGGAAUAAAUUGUAUCUAAAAGAUGUGCAACCCAUAACCAAUGUGGAUAACUGUAGCAUGAGUUAUAGAUCUACAUGGGAGAAGAGCUCAUUUCACCCUCAGAAUAUACGUAAAUCAUUUUCUGAGCCUGAGUUAAACAAUUCUUUCCAUUCAAAUUCAUCUGAUGUGUCUGAUCAAGAAUUAGAAUUAGAAAAUGUUAGUGAAGGAGGUGGAUCGCUAAUUGGUAAAGAACAAAUUGAUAAUGUGUGGGAUGAGCUUUCUCUGGAGAAUUAUUCCCAUCGUACCAAAAGUAUUGCAUCCAAACUGCAGAGCUUAAAGAAGAGCAAGAGGAAGAAGAAAAACUGGUCCCCAAUGGUCACAGUCCCUGAGCCUUUCCAGAUGACUAUUAGAGAAGCUAAGAAGAAAAAACAGAACAUCAAGUCCAAGUCACUGAUUGAACUGGAAAAUAGCUUCCUGAAGAAACAAUUAGAGGAGGAAGCAGAAUGUCAAAAAAAAUUCCGAGCCAAUCCAGUGCCUGCUUAUGUCUUUGUCCCACUAUAUCAUGAAAUAAUGCAGCAAAAUGAAGAACGUAGAAAGUCAAUUAGAGAAAGAAGGAGAGAGAUCCUUCUAGCCUCUCAAAAGCCAUUUCAAUUUAUUGAAAGAGAAGCACAAAAGAAAGAAAUGAGGAAAAUGCAACUGAGAGACCUUUCUGAACCUGAAAAGAAAAAAGUAUUCAAAGCAAAGCCAGUUCCUAAAUUUGUUUACAGUUCAGAAGUCAACGAGAAACUAAAGGAAGAAGAGCUCUAUAGAGAAAUUAGAAUUCGAGUAAGAUCUGAAGAGCUUCUGCGUAAUUCCUCUCUUCCCAACAGCAGAUUAGGAAACAGAGGAGCUGAUAAGCACAGACAGCAAGAUUGCCUAGAACAGAGUGAAGAAUUGGAGCACAAACCAAGGACCAAACUCAAGAUCCCAGAUUUUGAAAAGUUACACCAAAAAUUCCAGAAGCAGCUUCAGAAACAGAAGAAUGUGAAAAACAUCACAGUCUGUGAACCCUUCAAGCUCCAUACACGAACUAUCCCAUCCAAAAAAGAGAGAAUUCUUGAGGACAUCCAAAUGGAUGAAGAAAGGUUAAAGGAAACACGUUGGCCUUAUGCCUCUUCAAGAUGUAAACCUGAAAUGAGGUCUUUGAACACAAAUUCAUAUCCUUUGGGAUGUGAAGAGUCUACAUUUCCAAAAAUCACUAAAUCUACAAGGCGACGAUUGAAAGCUUUAAGGGAUUCAGCUGAGGAAAAAAGAAAACUGGAAGACGAGCAGAAUAGAAAUAGAACCAAACAGAAAGAAAGAGUGAGGAAGCUACAGAGACUUAUAACCACUCGAGCUGAGGCAAAUGAUCCACAUCUAAGCCUGGCUCAGAUGUAUAAGUCUAAGUUAAAAGUCUUCAGGAAACAUGAAAAGCAGAGAAUGAAAGAAUAUCUGCAGGAACUGGAAGAAAUGGAAGAAAGGGUGGAAAAGAGGCCACUGUUAUUGGAAAGAGCAACGCAGAAAAAUGCCCGGAUAGCUGCAGAGAAGCAUUACUCUGAUACACUUCGAGAGCUGGGGCUGUGUGAAGAGUUUGUUUCAAAGAAAGGGCAAACUGCUACAGAAAUGCUCUUACGGUACUGUUCCAGUGAUGGCUCUGAACAUUCAGUAGCAGACACAGGAAGUGAUGAUGAGAAUAAAGUAGAUGCACGAGAAUCUCGGGGAGAGGAGAAGUCAGGACUUCAGUCUGAAGAUGAGGAUGAGGACGAGAAGGAAGCCGUGGUGGCCGCGGUGGCAGAGGCUCAGUCAUAUCACGAUGACCAAGAUGCUCUUGAUUAUGAAAAUGAAAACUAUGAAGAAGAUUCAGAAGAAAAAUCCACUGAUGAUGAAGGCUAACUGAAAUAUAUUGCUGCUUUCCUGUUGGCUGUUU